CUCCUUCCUCCACCUUUCCCCCUCCCUCGACGUGCUAUCCCUCCCCCCUCUUCCCCUGUUCCCUUUCUCAACAUUUGUCGGAUUGUAAGGUGUACAGAAGAAACGUUUAAGCCGGAGUUGUUCACUAUAGUUGUUGUUGUUGUUGUUGUUGCUGGUUGUUGCUGGCUAUUGCAUAUUGGUAUGCCGACAACAUCUAGGACCUGUGCUUUACUUUAUCCUGUUUAAAAUGUCCUGCCAUAUUUGUGUAGUGUGACUUUGUUGGGGGUUUUUUUAGUACAAAAUUUGUGACGGACCAUUCUUAAGUCAUAAAAACGGAGCUCGCAGCGUAUGCCCAGGUGUAUCCGUUUGUGUGGUGUUUUCUAAAACACGGCGUUUGACUAUCUUAGAACUCGCCAAAAGUUGUAAGUUUCACUUCUGGAUGUUCGCCUGGCCCAACCACGAAAAGUUGGAACCCUGUUUUUUCGUUGAUAUAUGAGUUUUAGACUUUAGGGUUAGGUGGAUAUAGAUGGCGACUGCUGGGGAAAUCCCAAAGUGUUCCAUAAAGAAGCCAUUUUUUCCCCUGUGAUUAUACAUUCUUACCUGUGAUAUUUAAAAAGUCUGAACGAACAAUAUAACAGUGUGUAGUGCAUUCUUUACUUUUGAUUCUAGAAACUUGGAAGUGGAUUAUAUGGCAGAUGGAAUAAUAAGUUUUUUUUUUAAAGUUUGUCUCCACUAACGGAAUGGUGAAACAGUUCUAGCAGCACUGCACACUCACUGCACACUCACUGCACAAGAAGCAGAACUUCAGGGGCGUGCAACUAUUUCAAAGGGAGAUAACGUCUCAUUACUUCCAUGAGAUGAAUUGUACUAUUGGACAGACAUUGUCUGGAGCCAACAAGACAAGCAUACACGUUGUUUUGUUUUUAGUUUUCUAACGGAAUGGAUUACGUGAUAGUCAUUGCGGGUCUUAGUUUGCUAUUACCCAAGUUAUAAACUAAAGAAUUGCUGUUUUUUUUUUCUGAUGGACAUAAUAAAGUGGACAACUGACCAAUGGGCAUCUGAGCUUUAUACAUGAAUGUCUCUUGCGAAACAAUGUCCCUGCCGCACCAGUAUGGAUAUACGUCAUAUGUGGGCUCUGGGUCUCCACUGACCUCAUCCCAGUUGUUGCCCCCCGCCUCCUCCUCGUCAUCUUCCCCGACCAUGUCCAGCCCGUGCUGUGAAAACGGACGAAGUCUGGUCAACCCCCACACCGGACAGACAGUCUGCUCCUGCCAGUACCCAGCAGGCCUGUUGACAUAUUCCAGGGUUGGACUAGCUGAUCCCGUCUAUUCCACACCGUCUUAUCCCACAGCACAAGCAUAUAUGCCUCUUGGCACUGAUCCGUCGGCUUUUUAUCCUUCGCUGAACUCUCCUUACGAAUUGAAAGAAGCGGGUGAGACGUGGAGAAGUAUUGGCCAGCCCCCAGGAUGUUAUCCUUACGACCCCAGCAGCAUGCAUCCCUAUCCUUAUCCCAAUGCUUUUGGCGGGAUGGACAUCAACAGUGCUGCCAGACGUAAGAACGCCACCCGCGAAAACACAAACACACUGAAGGCUUGGCUGUACGAACAUCGGAAAAACCCGUACCCUACCAAAGGGGAGAAAAUCAUGCUGGCCAUCAUCACCAAAAUGACAUUGACACAGGUGUCCACGUGGUUUGCUAACGCCCGACGGAGGCUGAAGAAGGAGAACAAGAUGACCUGGUCCCCUCGCAACAAGCCGGGCGACAACGAUGAUGUGGAUGAUGACGACAGCAAGGACAAGGGUGAUAAUGCAGACAGUGAUGACGAGACGAUGGGCAAGUCGCCAAGGGAAGAGAAGAAGGCUUGCGACAGAGAGAGCCGCCACCAAGACGAUGGUGCAGUUACUUCCCCUGCUUCGUUCAACAAAAGAAUGAACGAAACUCCCAGUGAUUCAAGUCAGCACGCGAGAGCACACAUGCCCAGCCAGUGUCAGCUGAGUCAGACAGAAAUAGCAAGGCAGAAGCCCAGCUACACUUCACUCCAGGAGUGUCAGCAGAGCUUCCUCCACCUUCCUCCCCCAGCCCACGGAUACAGCAACGUCUGCGCCCCUGGUUCGGCCAUGGGAAGCAACGGAGGAAUGCCGCCGUCGGGGGCGUCGUCGUCAGGAGUAGACUCCACGGCUUCACUAAAAAGCCCGGACUCUUUAUGUUCCAACAGUGAUGACUCCGGACUCAGUGAUGUCAACUGUGGCUACCCUGACUCGGUUCACGGUACCAUGGAUGGGAUGCGACCCAAAAUUUGGUCCCUUGCGCACGUUGCUACUUCGGACGCUGGCUACGUGGGGGCGCCCAAUAAUGGAAUGAACAACAACCUAAACUGUAACCCUAUGACGAGACACCUUGGCUCCAGCGCCAGGAGCCACCACCAGAUGGCGCAUAUGGCAAACGGAGGCCUAACGCCAAGCCACAUGGGCAGCGGACAUCUUGUGCACGACGGGGCACAGCCCCUGGUAUCACACUCUCCUUCCAUGCCCUCAUCUGGCCUAUCGACACCCUCCUCUUCGACAGCCCCGCCGCUUCAAUGCGGCAUGCCCCAGUGGGGCUCUAUGUACGGUACUAGUCCAGGACUCGGGGCCUCUUAUGGCAAACCAUUUUGUCAAGGCCCAUUGUUUUCGCAACCUCUUCCCAGCAUGCACCAGGGAGGUCACAUGACUUCCGGUCAGCCUAACCCACUCAACAGCGCCCACUGCUCUUCGCCAGCGUCUUUGUACAAUCAUAACAUCGGGACGUCUUUGGGGUACCACUCGAGCGCAAAGAUAGUCAUGGAAUGAUGUCUGAACGAUGUGAUGAUGGAACAUCAAAUACUGAUGUACUGAAGGACGACUUUAUGAUGUGUACAUGUGGAGUUUCAAUGCAAGUAAAUGACACAUACACUAUUAGGAAUUGAUAACAAAUAGAAUAGUGAAACAAGAAAUGAUGAAAUGUACACAUAAAUAUUAAUACGUUGACUGAUGGCAUAUCAAAGCUACAAACUGAUUUCACCAGUGUCAUACACAAACAGUAUUUGAACAUUCAAAUGUAUUCAAUCUUGCCAUGAUAUUGUGUGGCUGCUGAGACUUCAAAGACGACUCGAUGUUAUCUCUCUAAUGAGACGAUUUGGGUUAGCUCUGGACUUCCGUGACCUAUAUCGAAGGUGUCAUCGAUUGGGAAAAAAAAAGCGUUUAAAAUUUGAAUUUCAACAGACAGGAAACAGUUUUACUUCAGUAUAUGUGUAUUGUUACUAAGACUUUAUAACCUGUAACAUACGCUUACUAGUCAUAAACUAGAUCUUUUUUUUGUAUUCAUAAAUAGCAUUUCAUCAUUUGUAGUCACUAUCGCAGACAUUUGUUAAUGACGAAUGUUACUUGCACUCAUUAACACACAGACACACACAUAUUAGUACACAGAAUGCCUCUUAAAUGCAGGGGUUCUAAAAUCCUGCUCUGGACAACAUGGAAGUUGUGGUGUGUACCCAUUGUUUCGUCCGAGGAACUUUUAUAAAGAUGACCAAACUUUAUAUAUAUAUAUAUAUAUAUAUAUAUAUAUAUAUAUAUAUAUAUAUAUAUAUAUAUAUAUAUAUAUAUAUAUAUAUAUAUAUAUAUAUAUAUAUAUAUAUAUAUAUAUAUAUAUAUAUAGCGUGAGUCCCAUUAAACGUUGGCUGUAUUUCUGGUGAUGUUGCUGUGAUGUUAAAUUGAUGUUUUAGUGAUGUUGCAGUGAUGUUACAGUGACCUAGUCAAGUUCGAUGUAAGAAACAUUGAACAAAGAAGUCUAUUUAUUAGGAGCAUGUUGUGAACUGAUUGCAUGUAAGGAGUGUGUCUUUAAACAGCAUUGUUAGUGUUUUCCUUUUUUUUUUAAAGCUAAUUUCCCUUGGCCGAUUGAGAAACUCUCAUUGUCCAUUACCAAUCCCCUUCCUUUUCCCAAAGAGAUUUCCUUUUUUUUUUCUACAUCUUAAUCUUAGCUUCACAUGUUUAUCUCCAUUUACCCCUGUACGGACCUACACACUUACACACAUAUAGUGUCAUGUCCGACAUUGUCCAAAUCGAUACACAGAUAAAUUAUUGUAAAAACGAUACAAUAAAGAAAACGAGCACUAAAAAUAGCCUAUGAGCGAUUUCAAGUCUUUUUAUAUACAUAUAGAUCUAGAUAUAUAUUUAAAACAAAAGCUGAAAGAUUGUUAAAGAAGUAUAGAUCUAGAUCUAGUAUGUUUCUUCUGUUCUAGAUAAGUUCAAACUUAAUCAUUGGCUAGGAAAGAUGGGCAUAAAUCAAACAUAAUGCCUCAUCGGGGAGUUGAAGUUCGCAGGUUCAAAUCCUGUUUGGAAAAACUUUUUUUUUUUUUUUUUUGAAGGUUGUGGGAAGGGGGCAUUUUACUUUACACUUGUAGCUGUUGGGUAGCUGUUGGCAGGGCCGGUCUUAAGCCACUGCAACCUAUGCGGCCGCAGUGGGCCCCGCACUCUCGUAGGCCCCGCGCGAAUUCUUGGUUAAAUUAUUAAAUUUAACCAUUUUUUACUUAUCAUUAAAGGCUUCUUAUUCUGGAAUUCGUAUGAAAUUGCAAAAUAUGUGCAAAAGUCAUGAAAAUCUCAUGAAAUUAUUAAAAUCUUCUGAAAACUGAUGCAAAUCUCUUAAAAAUAGACAAAAUUGUCAUUUCGUAGUGUCAUUCAAUAUAGACAACGCCAAUCCUACUCGCGAUUAAAAAAAACCUGGCAUUGUCAGCUUUCAUCUAAUAAAAAAUGUAAUAAUAAGCCGAAUUUUAACAAAAACAAAAAGUUCAUAUACUUAAUUUACUUUAAUAGUCACUGGCAUCUAACUAGAGAUCUAAAUCUCGACCUCUUAAAACAAAAGCGAUAUUUUGUGAGUCGAUAGUAAAUCUAAAAGGCAGAUCUGAAUGUUUAUCGGCUUUUUUUUGGAAACUCUACUAUCUACUGUAGACGGCUAGUAAAGUUAAUUUGACAGUGAUUUUGAUUUAGUACUUAGUAAAGUAUAAGACGAAUUUAUUUUCUGAUACAAAAUCUUAAUUUUCAAUAAUUAUCCUUAUCACAACCCAGAAUGGGCCCCGCGCAAUCCGUUUCGCAUAGGGCCCCGCAAUCUGUAGGACCGGCCCUGGCUGGUGGGAUCCCAAUCUGACCUUUACAAUUAAUACCACAUUAAGUCAAAGGUUAUACAAAUGUUGGGGCUUUAAUUAGGUUUAUGCAUGUGGGUUGUUUGUAUUAGAAUUGAGUUUAUUUAGAAAAUACAUUUUUUUUUUUUAAACUAUAGAUGUAGUUUAUCUCCUUGGAAAUGUGAUUCAUAUUAACGGCAUAGUUUGGUUACAUUUAAAAGAAACAUGAAUAGAAAUAUAGAAAGAUGUGAAUUUGACGCAUACAAAUAUUAGGAAUACCACCUUUAAUACAAAAAAUGAAUAUAUGAAGUCUCUAACUGUUGUUUUAAGUAUGAGUUUGAGAUGCUACAAAAAUAUGAUGUCGCUAACUUCAUUCCCACAUGUAUCUGCCGAUUUUAGUUCAAGUAGACCUAUUAGUAAACCAAAUGUUGCUUUCAAAUAAUUAAUUCCAAUCAAUGCUACUGUGUGAACUUUCCGAUUGGCUUCUGUAGAACAAAAUAUUGAUUUCUGAAUAUACUUUGGGCUUGCUACGUCAUUAGCACAUGACUAAGUGAUUACUCGACUAAUGUCCCUUCUUCUAGCAGUUUUCAAUUCCUAGUUAAUUUCUUACAAUUUCUUAUCACGCCCAAUAGACAAUCAAAUCACAAAGUGUUUACAAUUACUUCCGGACAUUCAUGACUUCCGGCCUUUUCUCAGUCUGAUCGUCUGCAUUGGAAAUGUCUUUUUAUUCGGUUUAAUGAAGACCCAAAUUGAUUGUAAGUUUAGGUGGAUGUCGGGCAACACUAAAAAUAGUAAAAGUUGUAGUCAAUUUUACUACUUUGUAUACAGUAUAAAAUAAUUGUCAAGUACGUUUAUUGACUUUGAAUGUUGCUACGGAAGAGGCUUAGAAAAUUUGAUUCUGCAGCUCUAAAGUAUCACAAAAAAUUAUCAUAUUAGUUUUAAAAA